CUCAUAAUUCUUCUAGCUGGCGCUCCUGUUCCAUCGGUUGCUGCCAAGUAUGGAUCAUAUCACGACAUCUUCUGUCAACUCUUUCAUAACGCGUUCAAAUCUCAGUCAUCGACAUCUGCGCCGUCGAGCGGUCUCCGCGUGAUAAGCUUCGAUGCUGUGGCUGAAGAAUAUCCGACAGAGAGCGAGUUAGACUCAGCAAAGGGGCUGCUUGUCACAGGUAGUGCCUCGUCAGCGUAUGAACAAGUCCCAUGGAUCAUGUGCUUGACAUACUUCUGCGCACAGUUGCCCGAGUCUCAUCCGCAUCUCAAGCUCUUUGGGAUAUGCUUUGGCCAUCAAAUCUUUGCUCAAGCCUUGGGAUCAGUCGUCGAGAAAAACUCGCUUGGUUGGGAGAUUGGAGUUCGGGGUGUGAUGUUGACGGACGUUGGGAAGCGAUUGAUGGACAUCAAUCAUAGUGGAACGAUUCAUCUCCAUCAACUACAUCAGGAUCAUGUGACCAGCGUGCCGCCCUCAUGCUUCUCAAUCGGAUAUACUCUCUCUUGUCCGAUACACGGGCUUGUCCGAUACACCCCAGACGUAGAACACAACCCAUCUGACGAGCUCGCAAAUAUCUCACUUCUGACGGUCCAAGGACAUCCCGAGUUCAACCCGGAUGUGACUCUUCGGGUCAUCGAUGAAAGAGAGAGGAUUGGAGUGUUUGAUCAAGAAUUAGCUGAGGAAUCCAGACAAUAUGCGCAGAUGCACGAUGAUGGAGUUCGGUUUGGUGGCUUAAUUCUCAGAAUC